CACAACUACUUUAAAAUAUCCAGCUAGCAUGAAUGUGGAUACUGACAUGGGCACUAAUACACCAUCACUUGAUUAUUCAAUCACCCCUGAUCCAACUGCAAAUAACAAGGCUACCGUUAUUCCCUCAGGGAAUACUAAUACACCAAUGUCUACAAUCAAGGUAAUGGAGUAUUUUGCCGAAUUUGAGGAUCGUGUUUUAUCAAACGUAAACCACAUAAAAGGCCUACAAAACAAAACGGAGUACUUUGACGGAAAGAACUAUAUUGGAUUUGCAAAGAUAGAGAGUACAAAUGGUAUUCAAUGGAUAAACAACAACCUGCAAGUUGCUGAUGAGACUAAAGUAGAAUUUGCUCUUCAGGUCCAAACUGAAAUAAAAGGUAAUGUUAUUCAUUAUAGUGAUUGUUACUUUCAUAAUUAUAAAUGA